AUGUAUUCACGGGCCAAUAACGUCACCAGUCCACAGAGAGAUGUUAACUACGAUGUGGAAUUCGCAGAGAGAAACCGUCUUCUUGAUGCCAUAUUCGACGAUGGGCGAACCCUCAGCGCAAGACCCAAUGUCAAAGGUCCCGUGAUGGUCACGUGCAGUGUAUUUAUAAUCAGCCUGGACUCGGUUGAAGCAGAAACCAUGGAUUUUUCGAUGACAUUCCAUCUUCAUCAACGGUGGUCCGAUGUUAGGCUACAGCAUCAAGCGUCAACAGACAUAUUACUCCAUUCCUCGGCUGUCUUAAAAAAAGUAUGGAAACCAGAUCUGUAUUUUAAAAAUGAAAGGAGUGGAAGAUAUCACUCGAUAACUACAGAUAACCAGGCUAUGACUAUAUCGCAAAACGGUGAUAUAUUCUAUAGCGCAAGAAUGAGUUUGACCUUGCUGUGUCAUUUACUGUUGAAUGAUUACCCUAUGGACAAAAACGUGUGUCCGAUUUACAUCUCGAGCUUUUCUUACAACAUUAAUGAAAUGAUACUACGAUGGAGGGCAGAAGACCCCAUGCGUAUAACUCAAGAAAAUCACCUUGCUCAGUUUGAAAUUAAACAACUGACAACGCACCAGUACUUCGAAGCGGUUGGAUUAGAAAACUGGUCAUAUUUAGUGGUGCGUGUUCACCUCCACCGUCAAAUGGGCUACCAUCUUCUCACUACAUAUAUACCCAGUACUUUGUUGGUUGUCUUGUCUUGGACCUCGUUCUGGUUACACGCAGAUGCCGUAGCUGCUCGUGUCAGCCUCGGGAUUACAACCUUGCUGACUAUAGCCACGCAGAGCACCGGAGCACGACAAGUGUUGCCCCAUAUAUCAUACCCGACGCGUGUUGUUGUUGGCGACACACGGCAAUCAGCGAGUUUACGAUGCCCAUCAGACAGGGAAGUAUGCAUGACAUGGAGAACAUCGCAGCAGAAGGAGACAAGUUAUAGUGGAACAUUUGAGAAGAUAGCUGUAAAGAUGGACUACACCUGUCGUUAUCUCUUUCCGGCAAUCUUUAUUUUCUUUAAUGCAUGUUAUUGGCCUGUUUAUCUUGCUUUUUGA